UGAUUUCAAAAUGCACAAAUCCAUGACAGCAGCAGCAACGAAAAAAUCUUUAAAAAAAAAGAGAAAACUAAACCCUACCGCUAAAAAUUAUCUUCAAAUUCACGCGAAUGUUCCAGUCACAACAGCAACUGCAACAAUCUUCAUUUACUUACUUCCCUCAACCCUCAAAUUCUAUCCCCAAUUCUCUAUUAUCAUUUCCGCAACCACCAACCCUUCCCUCUCAGCCACUAUUGUUCCCUCCAGGGACCGACCCGUAUGCCCAUACGGGUCAGUUCACCUUAACCCAUGUCGAAUUUGAAGCGCAGGCUCAAUUUUAUGAGGACCCAAAUGUGGGUUCUGGGAGUUGGAUCACUCGACAGGCUGAUCCCAUUAGAUAUGAUGCUACUUCGUCAGUAGUGGCUUUGAAUUCCUCUAGUAACAAUGAUUGGAUGAAUCAGUCUUUGGUGAAUAAGGUACUAGGAAGCACACCAAAUGAAAGCAAGCUGAUUCAACCAGUGCGGUGCGAGGUUUGCAACAUUUUGUGCAACACAAAAGAUGUUUAUGAGAAGCACCUCAUGGGAAAGAAGCAUCAGAAGAAUUUGCAAGUAAAGAUUAACCCUACAACUGCAAUAUUUCCGGAAGCUUCCAAUACAAUCAAUAAUGUAAGCAUUGUGGGCCAAACGGGCAAUGCUGGUGGACAGAUGAUAUUUGGGGCUUCUGGUGUGGCAAAUGGUCAGGAGUUGGAGAGAAAGAAGCAAAAGCUUUUGAGUGCCGGGGCAGCUGUUGAUUCUGUUCGAAUGUGCACCAUAUGCAAUGUUGCUUGUAAUAGCCAUGACGCGUUCACUAAACAUCUUUCUGGGAGAAGACAUGCUGCCCAGGCUGGAUUAAUAGCUGUUGAUGGGAUUGGACCUUAUCUUGCAGCCCUCCGAGCCAAUGAUCACUUUUGGAAGAAAGGCAAGAAGACAACUAAGAUCUAUCAAUCCACAUGGUGUGAAGUCUGCAAAAUCAACUGUACCAGCAACGAUGUCUAUGCAAAACACUUGUCAGGAAAAAAACACCUGAAGAACCUGGAGAAUUUGGAAAAAUCUAAGAAUGGCAUCUGUGAUCCUUCCAUCGAUACACCAGCAGCAAGAAAUCUGAUAAUUGGAUCAGUAGAGAACCCAUCAGCAAAUGGUAGCAAUGGUGUUAAUGUACAACAAUCAGAGAAGAGGGCAGCAAAGCCUGAGGCAUCCAAAGAGGAUUUGGAGAUGAAGAAAAGGAAAGUUAUGCAGGGUGGAGCAGCAGCUGCUGCCGUUAGAGUCUGCACCAUCUGUAAUGUGGUAUGCAAUAGUCAGAAGGUCUUCAGCUAUCAUCUUACUGGACAGAAACAUGGUGCCAUGGUAAAGAAGCAAGCAGAUGCCAGAUAGAGACAUAGAUGGAGAAUGCAUGGAAAAUUUCUCGUGAUUAUUGAUUAUUGUGAUUCAUGUGAUUGUGUAUGGCCUGGCCUGCCCACCGUGGCUUAAUACAUAUCUAAUUUCCCUCCCAAGGUGCGUUGCACUUAGAUAUAAUGAUUAGUUAUUGAUAAUAAGAUGAAAGAUGGAGAAAGCAUUCACCUUCCUACUUAGAGCCAAUUGGUCCAUGCUUAAUCACAUUUUUUUUAGUGUGGGUAUGAG